AUGUUUCAAACACCAAAACGUGUAGCUUUUCAAGAGGCUCAUCACGAUGAUGAAGAGGCUCCAUCAUUAAUACUUUCCCGAACUUCAAAGAAUCAAACCUCAUGUAAGCUCAUUUUGAAGAAAGUAUCCACCACUCCCCGUAACGAAGGUAAUACUUGCACUCCAUCCAGAUCAACAAGUUCAGGCAGCAACAAAGAAAAUAUUUCCAACAAUUACCCAAUUUCUGAGGUAUUUGCCUCUCCUGUGCAAGUCAAAAAGAGGGCAACAAGAAGAAGGGUCAACAAGUCAAGCAUUGCUACUUCUUGUGUACCAUCUGUAUCUUCCAAUUCAUCAUCACAUUCAUCAUCCGAGAACGAUGUUAUAGGCAGCGAAGAAGACAAAGAGCCUUCACCUCUGACGCCAAUACAACAAAACCGAGUGGUAUCGUCUCCAAAACCACAAACCAGUUUUCUGAAUGAUUCCAUAUUUGAUUCAAAAACACCAACCAGCCAUCGGUAUUCUCUCAUGAAAACACCUGUCACUAGCCGAAAGCAACCAAAAACUUUGUCACCUGGUCUCUUCUCUCCUUUCAACAGUGUAGCACCUUUACUUAACUCUGUGUACAGCAAGAAAUCCAAGUUAGUUAAGGCGAAACCAAAAAUUAAAUAUGGAAUUACUGAAGAAGAGCUUAAUAAGCAUUAUACUAUUUCAGAAUUGAGAGAAUACUGUGUUACACAUUCAGAGAAGAAGCAAUCAGGUCUUUCAAAAAAAGAGCUUGUGGAAAAGGUAUUGAAAAUUUUAGAACCAACCUCUCAAGUGUUUAUUUUGACAAGUCCACGUAUUGCUGAUAUCAAACGAAAGCAGAGAAAUUCUGAGCCAUUGACAGAGGAGCAACAAGCGAUAGCGGAUGUUAUUGAAAGGUUUGAAGAUGAUUCUACGUCUGAUGAUAAUGAGAUGGAUGAUGUGGCUUUCAGCAAUUUUGCCAUCCCUUCUAUUCCUUCAUCAUCUAAAGGGUCCGCUGCUAAAAUUGAAAAUAAUUUGUAUUCUCUAUUCUACAAUCUUGGUCUAAGAAGUAUCUCAAGUAUGAGAUCGUAUUGUUUAGAAAAUAAUAUUAAUGCCACUGGAAACAGAGACACGUUGAAGAGAAGAAUUAUUUUACAUCUGUCCAAAACUCAAGCUAAAGAUUAG